UCGUAGACAGUCAAUGUUAUUGUACUUGGCUGAACGAAGAACGAGAGAUGUAUCGGCUAUUGCUGUUGAUUUGUGGAAUUACUGCGUAUUCUGAUGCUGUGGACCUGGCGUCACCCGAAGUCUUUGAUGCCCAGUUUUACCUUAACAACUACCCAGAUAUCCACAGCAGCCACACACCAGAGGCGGCUAAAGCUCACUGGCUGUCUCUCGGUAUAGCAGAAGGAAGGCAAGGAUGUGGCAGUUUUCACUCUAAGCAGUAUGUUACCAGAUACCCAGAUUUAACCAAUGCAUUCCACGCAAACUAUAACUCGGUGAUAGCACACUACCUCACAAACGGUAUCCACGAACACCGACUAGGGUACAUCGACGGUGGGUAUGACGGCAGAUGGACGAUCUCAAACGGGAAGGACCUGUUCAUCAGUGCUUCCAAGCGUAUGGGAGGCGCUAUAGACAGCCUCGUUUGGAACAACAAACAAAUGAUCAACAUGUACGACCAUGGGCGGGAGUUACAAAUGGCGUGUAAUUCCGACACGUACACGGAGUGUUAUAACCCUACAGAAGCCGGGGGUAGGGACGACUCCAGGCACGAAACAACUCACACCCACAUUCAGUGGGUGAGAGCACAUGGCGACACUUUGGAAUCAGAGGUACACCCGGCCUUUUGGUUACGGCCAGGAACACACGAGAAAAGAGCAGUACAAUCAGGCUGUCACAGAGGAAGCCCUUCAUUGACCCAUCAGUCAACAUAUGCCUAUCCAUUUUGGAAGCAGGUACGCAUCGGUGUCCAUGGAAUGUCCCAUGCAAUUGAGUUCAUGUCAAACUUCACCCUUGCAGGGGAUUGGCCGCAUGACUUGCGGUACAUUCAGAUGGAAGCACCUACCGGCUACAUGCCCGGUGAAUUCACUACUGCAUAUAGAUUCAAUACUAAAACAUUAUCCCUGGAGAAUCAUGGAUCUAGCUUGGAGCCUCCGGUAGUGUCCACAGACGACGGACAGUACGCGAUGGGGGUGUACUCGCCACCUGGACAGGACAGUGACGUGUUUAUGUACUAUGGUGUUUCUUUGCGACUUGGCGGGACAUCAUUUACUGGAAGUACCAAUAAAUGGAACGUCGUGUACCGGAAGAGUCGGUUCACUUCCGGUGUGCAUCAUCAGGUGUAUAAAACCUACAUAUGCGUAGGAACACUUAAUAUGGUGACAGGCUGUCUUCAUACACUCAUCCAAGACGUACCACAUAUCUGAUUACAAUUAUGACAAUAAAUCUGUAAAGCCUGG